AUGCUUCGACGCACCUUUGCUGUCGCGCAGAAGGGUGAAAGAGGGCUGUAUUUCCCCAUCAAUCACCGUAUCGUGGAUCGUCGAGUCGCCUCCGGGGUCACUGUGGAGGAAGCGGAUGUGCAGUCACGCUACCGCCGUGAGCUUCGCACGAGCUUUACCACCGGGGAAACGCGACAGACCAUACCCCCACUCUGGAGCGCUCGCGAAAGGCCUACGCAUUUUUUAUCGUUGCGUCUUCCAGCGAGGAAUGCCCUUAGGACACGUGUGAAUGAGAUGCAUAACCAGAUCCUCUUUUCUCACCACCAGCAUGCGCCUCUGCUUGUUCCACUGGCAAAGCUACACAUUACCUUGGGUGUGAUGACCAUUUCGGAGAGCGAGGAAAGGGAGAGGUUGGCAUCGAUCUAUGAAUGUGUCUCAGAGGUGUUUUCAGUGAUCCGUCCGCUGCAGCUUCGUUUUAGGGGUUUGGGGACGUUUGGGUUCGGCCGUGUUCUAUUUGUGCGUGUGGUCCCCGAGGCGGAUUUUGGUUUGCUCGAUGCCGCUGUUUUUAAAGUUCGCCGAAGAGUUGGCGGGGAGUUAAAGUUAGACAUGAAGGGCAACCCACACGACUCUUACGUUCCGCACGUCACUAUCGCGAAGAUUAGGUCCAACCAGCGGGCGCAGUUUGGCGACAGGAUACCCUUGUCGCUCUGGGCAGGGUACCAACACCACGAUUUUGGGGAUGUGACGUUUUCGCAGGUGGAUAUUUGCCGUAUGCGGGGGUCGGCGGAUGGGUAUUACCACACGGAGGGUUCGGUCCAGUUGUCGUAG